CGUCUGCGGUGGCUUCGCUGGAGCGGAAAGUCAGACUAUAAAUACGUGUGAAGAAGGGUCUCCAUUCUAAGGUGACGUCAUGCUUUCUGCAACUCCCCUGUAUGGCAAUGUUCAUAGCUGGAUGAGCAAUGAAAGGGUCCGCAUGUGUGGGAUUAAUGAAGACAGGAAAAUCCCAGUUAAUGACGGAGAUGCCUCGAAAAGCAGACUGGAAUUAAGGGAAGAAAAUCACCUGAACCACAGUGUGGUGGAUGCUACAGCAGUGCAUCGUAUUGACAGCCUUGCAGCACUGAGCAUGGACCGGUCUGGAAUUAUGCGAGAAGGGCUUAGAGUCCCCAGCAGUAUUGUCUAUUCCAGUUUGUGCGGACUUGGCUCAGACAAGCCCCGGGAUGCUACAAAUGCUAUUGCCGGUCUUGGAUUUGCUCCUGAGAGAAAUCCAGAGAUACAGUUCAAGUCUAAUCCCACGGAGGCAAUAGAAAAUGCAGCUGGAAAGCCCCCAAACGGCUUCAGCACUAUAUAUAAAACACCACCUGGAAUACAAAAGAGUUCUGUUGCAGCUGGGGAGACCCUAGGCUUGGACAGAAGCUCAAGCGACAAACAAAGUCCUCUCAAUGUCAAUGGUGCUAGUUACUUAAGGCUACCCUGGGUAAAUCCUUACAUGGAGGGUGCUAUUUAUCCUUUUCUUGAAUCACCAAAUAAGUAUCCGUUGAACAUGUAUAAAGCCUUGCUACCUCAGCCAUCCAGUUACAGCUUGCCACAGCAUCUGGCUUACUCACCUGUAUGUACAAACGGUGAACGUUUUUUAUACUUGCCACCUUCUCAUUAUGUUGCUCCCCACAUUCCAUCAUCAUUAGCUUCACCAAUGAGGAUCUCAGCUGCGUCUGCAUCUCAGGCAAUUCCCCCUUUAGGGCACUGUUCAGAAAAAAGCUUGUCUUGGAAGAUUGGAGUCAGUCCUGGGAAUCCUGUUGACUCUCAUGCCUAUCCGCAUAUCCAGAACAGCAAACCACCCAGAGUCCCAUCUGCGAAGCCAGCUGCUAGUAAUAUGCCGACAGACCCUGCUGUCCUGCUGCCUCAUUCGCCAAGACUAUCACCUAGAGUCCAUCUCCCAACACAGGUUGGUGAUGCCUACUCAGAUUUCCACAAACACUUUUCCAGAAUUUCAACGUCUCCUUCUUCAGUGACUCUCCCAAAGCCAUACAUGAAUGUAAGCAAUGAAUUUCCUCCUUCAAGAGCCUCCAAUGGAAAAGCUCCCAAAACUCAAGAGACAAGUGAAAUUUCUCAACAAUCUACCAUACAUGUGAGGAAAACAGGUCAUGACAGAAAAGACGGCAGAUCCCCUCCAUUAUUAGAAAAACAACAAACUGUCACCAAAGAUGUUAUAGACAAACCACUGGAUUUGUCAUCUAAAGUUGUUGAUGCUGAGACAACCAAAUCUGAGCAUGUUAAGAAAAUGGCACCAACUGUGUUAGUUCACAGGGCUGGUAGUGGGUUGGUUUUACCUGGAGGCGAUCUUCCGAAAGAAACAAUUUCUCCUGGGAAUGGUUGUCCUAUAUAUAGACCUGAAAUAAUCAGUACUGCACCUUCCUCCUGGGUUGUUCCUGGUCCAGGCCCCAAUGAAGAUAACACAGGGAAACACAUACAGUUGAAAAACAAGGCAUUAGACUGGGUGACGCCGCAACAGCGAAGUUCUUCAUGCCCUAGAAUGGGAGGCACAGAAGCUGUCAUUAAUAAUAUCUCAGGAUCUGUGUCAAGUGGAGGCCGGCCAGCAUCUGCUUCUCCAGCUCCAAAUGCUAAUGCAGAGUGCCCCAAGACUAACAGCUCUGUGGAAACCACUGCAUCUGUUAUACAGCAUGUAGGACAACAUGUAGCAUCAUCAUCUUCUAAGCACGGUAAUAAGAAAUGCAACAAUCAGGAACCCGUCUUUAAAGCAAAUGAGAGCACCCUUGCAUCAGGUUCCAUAUUUUUCCCUCCAAAUGAUUCAUUCCGAUCUCCACCGCUACCCUAUCCAAGAAGCUAUCUCCCAUACCCAGUUCCAGAAGGCUUAGCUAUAGGCCCUUUGUCUCUGCAUGGUAAAGGACCUGUGUAUCCUCACCCAGUUUUGUUACCCAGUAGCAGUCUUUUCCCUGGGCACCUGGCUCCCAAACCUACCAUUCCGUACAGCCUGCCAACAAGCAGAGGUGAGUUUAUGACCUAUCAGGAUGCACUAGGUAUGGGAAUGGUACCUCCAGUGUUGUUGCCACAUACAACCUUGGAGAUGAAGGAUGAAAAAUCAGAACGGAGAUCUAGAUCGCAUGAACGGCUCCGUUAUGAAGAUCCUGCUUUAAGGAACAGAGUUCCAGAGAUGCUGGAAACCAGCACAAAGCUACAUUUUGAAGUACCUACAGACAGAAGUGUGAAAUCCUAUCAAAGUUUAAGUCAUAGUAAAAAUACUGCCAAAAGUGACAAGCACAUAUUUGCUGAACUCAGAGAUGAGCAAGAUACAAAAAAUGAAAUAAAUUUAACAAAACCCAGUUUUCCUAUUGAAAGCAGUAAUCAGGCUAAUGACCCUGCAAAGCACAAGGUGGACCCAGCAUUUCAGCACAGAGAUUUCAUUGUAACUCGAGAAGAAUGUGGAAGAAAUAAUUUCCAUGAAGAGUACAACUUUAAACACACCCAGAGCCCACUCCCAUCAAUGUUCACAUUAAGGAAAGAGGACCUUUCAGUGAGCCAAAACAGAGAGAGGUUAACGGUUCCUCCGUCCUCUUUGUACUUGGAGGCUGCUCAUGGGAAUGAUGGCUUGGCUAUGUCUUUUUGCAAGAUGCCAGAUGAUGCUAAGCAGCUUUGUAUGGAAAAUGGUCAGUCAAGUAUAGAAGUAAAUCAGACAUAUGCCAAAGAGGGGACUGAGAGCACAGAAUCUAAUGAUGGCAAGCUCCUGAAACCUAAGCCAUCUAAACUGGCAAAGAGAAUUGCAAACUCUGCUGGUUAUGUAGGUGAUCGAUUUAAGUGUGUUACAACUGAACUGUAUGCAGACUCUACUCAGCUCAGCCGAGAACAGCGGGCUCUGCAGAUGGAAGGAUUACAAGAGGACAGUAUUUUAUGUCUACCUGCUGCUUACUGUGAGCGUGCAAUGAUGCGCUUCUCAGAGUUGGAGAUGAAAGAGAGAGAAGGCCACAUAGCAACCAAGGACCCGGAGGUCUGCAGAUUCAACCAAGCAGACUGGGAAAACUUGAAAGGAAAUAAUGAAAAGAAGCCCAAGUCUGUCACUUUGGAAGAUGCCAUUCCUGGGCAAAAUGACAAUGAUAGAUGUGAUUUUCACAAUGCAGAGAACACCCAAAAUCACACUUUUGAAACUCCUGAAGAAAAAGGUCCUUCAGCCAACAUAUGUUUGGAAAGACUUUCUGUAUAUGAAAAAACUCCUGACCAGUCAAUAGAAGAGGUCAAGCAGGUCCUGUGUCCACACCUGGACAGAAAACGUAAACAUUCUGGUGAGAAAAUGCAGAAUGAUGGAAGCCUUAAAGAAAACUUUAUAGAGGAACUGGAGGAUGAAUUUGCAUCAAAAGCAAAAAAGAGGAAGAACUCCAAAGAUGACUGGCCUGAGAGGGAAAUGACAAACAAUUCCUCUAACCACUUAGAAGAGCCCAAUUGUAAUGAGGUGACCAACCUGAAGGUGUGCAUUGAAUUAACAGGGCUCCAUCCCAAAAAGCAGCGUCACCUGCAGCAUCUUAGGGAACUAUGGGAGCAGCAGGUGUCACCAGAGAGAUCCCCACCCGGCAAGUUGGGCCGGCAAAGCAGGAAAGAUUUAGCUGAGGCUGUUCAGCCAGAGGCCACUGCAAAGGUCAAAGACUGCACAGAAGAAAGGCACACCAAGAAAAGGUCAGAGGUCAAAAGCAAUAGAAGUUGGUCUGAAGAGUCCCUCAAAACAAGUGACAAUGAACAAGGUAUUCCUUUAUUCCCAGGAUCUCCGCAUAUGAAGAACCUUUCAUCCUCUGGUAUAAACGGCAAAAGGCAGAGCCAGCUAAGCUGUAUUCCAGCUUCAAGGUUGGCUGCCAAGCAGCAGAAAAUUAAAGAAAACUGGAAGACAGAUGUGUUGUGCACAGAUGAAGAAGAUGAUUUCCAAGCUGCAUCCCUACUGCAGAAACACAGCGAGUGUGAGAAGCCACCAGGGAAACGUCAGUGUAAAACAAAACAUUUGGCACUGCAAGAGAGAAGGAGGAGGUCAUCUCUCGCUGGGGAUGACAUUACAGAUAUUGAAAGCUCUGAGGAAAAGCCCUCACAGCUGCAGAUUGCAAGCACCCCUCAGGAGACUACCCCAAGUCGUCCCAUGCCGCCAGAAGCCCGAAGGCUUAUUGUCAAUAAGAAUGCUGGAGAAACUCUUCUGCAAAGGGCAGCUCGACUGGGAUAUGAGGAAGUGGUUCUGUAUUGUUUGGAAAACAAAGUCUGUGAUGUAAAUCAUCGUGACAAUGCUGGUUAUUGUGCCCUGCAUGAGGCCUGUGCCAGAGGCUGGCUGAGCAUUGUGCGACAUCUCCUAGAAUAUGGAGCCGAUGUUAACUGCAGCGCUCAGGAUGGAACUAGGCCCAUCCAUGAUGCUGUGGAAAAUGAUCACCUAGAAAUUGUCCGAUUGUUGCUUUCUUAUGGCGCUGAUCCAACACUUGCUACGUACUCAGGUAGAACAAUUGUGAAAAUGACACACAGUGAACUAAUGGAAACCUUUCUAACAGAGUAUUUAAUUGACCUACAAGGUCGAGAUGUCGAUGACCCAGGCAUGUACUGGGAGUUCUUUGGCAGUUCUGUGUGUGAGCCAAAAACUGAGUCAGGGUUUGACAUCCUGUCUAACCCACCUGGCCCAAGUGAUGAGGAUGAAGAUGGCUUUAGCGAUAUCUUUGAGUUUGAAUUCUCAGACGUGCCUCUCUUGCCAUGUUACAACAUCCAAGUGUCUCUUUCUCAGGGACCACGAAACUGGUUAUUGCUCUCUGAUGUAGCAAAGAAGCUGAAAAUGUCACCUCGGAUAUUCCGCUGCACUUUCCCAAGCAUGGAAGUUGUCAGCAUCAUGGAAGCAGAAUUUGUCAAACAGGUAUCUUUGAGUCAGCUGUUCUCUUGCAAAAAAGAUUUAGAAGCUUUCAGCCCAGAAGGCAAGGAGCUCUUGGACUUGGUUGAAUUUACAAGUGAGCUACAGACUUUGCUUGGAUCUUCACUUGAAUGGUUGCAUCCGGACGAGGACGCUGAUAUUCAUUGGUGAACCACCAGGCCACUUAAUGUACAGUUCUCUGUAAUGUUAUCCCUAUGUGUAUAU